GUCACUAAACGUAGCAAAAAAUCCUCAUGUUCUUGUGUACGAAGUGCCAUAUCCCCUCUCCAUGCUCCGUGAAAAUAUGGUCUUUGGACGCCAGAGUGAACAGGUUUUGGCAGUUCCAGCGCAGUCAAUAGAUUUUUGUUUUUGUUCUUAAACCAAUUAAAUAAAGGAGCGGUUUAAUAAUUUAACACUUCUUACGUUGCGGUUAAUCGUUAAUGCUCGGGAAACUUUUGAGUAACGGCCUGAAUCACGAGUCCACUAACUGGUCAUGAAUUGUUGCUAUGAAAUUGAGUUGGGCUGCUACGAACGCAGCUCUACGUGACGACUGACGUCUCGCUUCUUUUUUCGUAUCAUUUUGCAAGGUUUUUUCAUCAUAGAGAAAGCAGGCCACAGACACAAGAAGUUUUAGGAUUCUCGCUACAGGGAGAGAACAUUUCGAAAUGGAUGGUCUAUGCGAGCUGACAUCGCGGAUCCAUCAACGCAAACCAUCUUACGACAUACCAGAACCGGACUAUGACACAGGCGAUGAGGUUAAUUUAAGCAGCAAUCGCAACAGAUAUCCUGCCACCGUUACAACGAUGGGGAGCAACGAAAAUGUCGAUUAUGAUUCAGAUGAGAAUCAUGGAUCUUUGAGCCCCCAACAAAUUCGAGCAAUGAUGUCUAAAGAGCAAAAAGAGUUACAAAGAGACCUAAAAAUAAUGCAGAAAAGGGGAAUGGAUUUUCAGGCAAAAAGACCUGAAUUUAAGGCAAAACAUCACGAGAUAAUGGCCAAAGGACAGCAACGCAAAGAGUCAAAGGAAGUAGCGGAGAGUGAACUCAGCACAAAACUAAAGUCAAGAUCAGAAAAAAUAGAACAGGCUGAAAAGGCAAAGAAAAUAGAAGAUGACAGACCUGAAUUUUUAAAAGUAAAUUUGAAGAAAGGGAAAGGGAAUCCCAAUGUUCAAUGAACAUACAGUUUUAUGUAGAAUAGCAAAUGUUCAUGUACUUUGCUCCAAGGAUAAUAAUUUUUGUAAAAUAUGGGAUGUUCCAAGUCAAAUGGAGCUUAGUUCAUAGCCUUUGAAUUACCCUCCAGAAACUAUCAUCGACCAUUAAGAUUACCCUCCAGAAUCUGUCACAUCUGAGUUAUUGUUUAUUUGCAGGACUUUGUUGAAGUAUAAUACCAAAUCAUUUGGUAUGUUAAAAUCUACUAGAUAUCAUUCCUGCAUGAGACAUUCACUAGUGAAUGGUAGCAGUAAGGUUUUAUUUUUAGCAAAGCAGGACAUUUUCAAUAUGCUAAUUUGGGGGGGGGGGAAUUACCUUUCUAUCCAAAGUGGAAUUAAUUUAUUUUUCUAAGAGAAUAGGUUAUUGCCUCCUUUUUAUUAGAGGAAAUGGCUUGUUUCUCCAGCUGAUAUGGUUAAUAGGAAACAGACUUUAAAAAGGUCAGCAUAAAUUAAGUCCCAUACCCAUAUCGUUCAUUAUGUUUAAGUAAAUCUUUCUAAUUUAGAUGGUCUUAUUGCGUUGGUAAACUUCUUGCCAGAUUCUAGAAAUGAAUUACAAUGCAGAUCUGGUGACAAUUGCUACUUGUUCAUACAUAGUUUAAGGAUUGUUUUGGCCCUAUUUGUAAAAUGAUGCCUUUGAAAAUGUAAAAGCCCCUUCUAGAAUUAAUUGGUUCCAGUUCUGCAUUUCUGUUCAAUACCUAUUGCUACUUCAAGGACAUAAGACUUUAUCAGCAAAUUUCAUUUGUCUCUCUUGGAAUGAGUCAAAGGAGCUGGUAAUUGGUGUUAGGUGCCCAGACACCAGAUUUUUGCAGCCCUCUAGGGUGACCCUUAUUUGUAACAAGCCAUUUUCCAUUUUUCAAUAUUUAACAAAUUUGGUCUGCACUUUCCAAAUAAUUUCUAACCCAUUUUUUUACAAAUCGGUAUUGAGGCCUUUUACACCCACUUUAUGUUGCAAAAGUUAAAAGUCCCCUUGUAGCAAUUGGUAAUGAAAAUUUAGUUACUAAAAUGACAUCAAUCCAUAGAGAUCCAUGUCUUGUAUGACACCCAGUACUUACUCUUUCCCGUCCCCUUAAUAGCAACUAUAGUAGGCAAAUAUCUGUGGAUUGUUGUCUAAAUGUAUUUGAGGGAUGAAUAAUUUUAAAUGCAUAAUUGUAUUACAAUUUUUCUAAGCAAAGGAAUUCAAUUGUAACUUAAUCGUUUUUGUAUUUAGUAUUCAGAUGCAGACUUCUGUUUUUUUCAUUUACAAUUGAAAUUAAGCCUUACAACAAAAUCUGGUGCAACCAGUGUUGCUGCAGAGGGGUGGGGGUGCUCAGCCACUUUUUUAACAAUUAAAAGAUUUUUUAAGGUGGCUUAGCCCCCCCCCCCCCUUAAAAAGCUAGUUGAUGUUUGGUUGGGCAAAUUCCUUACUUUGCAAUGUGAAUUAACCCUUUAUUAUGCUACUGAUUUUCAUGAAGCAUAAAUCCAUGAGGAAUUUUUAUAAGCCGUAAAAAGUUUCAGUAAACUGUUUGAGUAUUUUCAUAUGCAAAACAGGGUGUGAAGACAGAUCAUUAAAACAGUAUUGAAACCCCAGCCUUGAAAAUUUCUUGGAAGUAACUGCCCCUUGGCCAAGACCGCUAUGCACGGCUAUGUCUACAACAUUAGUAUUUACGAUGUAUUGAUGUAUUGAUCGUUUGAAUUUUUUAAUGGUACCCAGUUUAGUAGUUACCAACGGAGAUGCAGUUGUCUUGUCUGUAGAAUCUUCCUCUGAAAAUUCCCUAGCCAAGGAAUAUUAUGCAUCAACCCUUAUUUUCAUGACCAUUCCAUGAAUCACUCUGAAAAUUGUACAUAGUUAUCUUGUUUAUCAUACCUCUCGCGCCUUGUGGUGACAAUGCUCUUCGUAAAUAUUUCACCCGAAAAUCCGAAAAUCAUACAUUUCUGCCAUACAAACUGGAAAACCGACCCAAUUAACGCCAAAAACCGUUCACCGUGGCAAUAUUUAAAACCACAAAACCGAUAGAUUUUAAGGCAGAAACCGAAAAACCGAGUCAAAAUACGGGCAAAACCCCGUAACAGUAAAACCGAAACACCCCCUCCUGAAACUGGCACUCCAUGGGGAGUAAACAAGCGGAAAAGAUUUGUGAUAUUUUCCUGGUUUUGAAUUACAUGAAGUACUUCAGUUUUCCAACCUGUGUUUCCAGCGGCUCCGAUGUCACAUGGCCGUGAACUCACGACUCAGUUUGAAGAAAAUUAUCGACUAGUUAUUGCUGUUUGGUAGCACAAAUUUGUAGCGAAAAUGUUUUCUGCUGUGGCAAAUACCGUUUCUCGGUCGUCAGCAUGCGGCACAUCUUCACGUUACAUUUCUGCAUCAAGACGAAUAUGUGGGUGCCUAGGCCCCUCACGUUUCAACGCGAGACUCAGGAGAGACUUCAGUGCUGUUACAGAGAUAAAGCACGCAAGUAGUUUAACGAAAUCUGAAUGGAACAAGUCUGUUAUUAGCAGAAGAUGGGAUAGAAUCGCAAAUCAGUGGACCAGGUUAGCAACUAGAAGUAUGAGCUCAAGCAACGAGGAGAUUCUUGAGGAGGAAAAAGACCAGGAAAGCGGAAGUGUUCAUGUCAUUACUGAUAAAGAGACUAUCCAAGGCCCUUUCGAUAAACACCAGUUUCAAGCGGAAACUCGCCAACUGCUCGAUAUAGUUGCAAGGUCACUUUAUUCAGAAAAAGAGGUGUUCAUUCGGGAGAUCAUCUCGAAUUCUUCAGAUGCAUUAGAGAAAUUACGUCAUCAGCAGUUGGUCGGUGAAGACAUUUCUGACCCUGAGCUGCCUUUCGAGAUUCAUCUAACGACUGACGAAGAUAAGCACACAUUUACAAUACAAGACUAUGGUAUUGGCAUGGAGAAAGAUGAACUAAUUGCAAACUUAGGUACUAUUGCUCGAUCUGGAUCGCGAGAGUUCGUCAAGAACCUCCAGGGUGACGACUCAGGCUCGUCAGCAACAGACAGCAUCAUUGGUCAGUUCGGUGUUGGGUUUUACUCAGCCUUUAUGGUUGGAUCAAAGAUAGAUGUUUACAGCAAGUCAUGCAAGCCUAAUAGCGUUGGUUAUUUCUGGACUUCUGAUGGCUCGGGAAGCUAUGAAAUAGCUCAAGCCGAAGGUGUAUCUCGUGGAACCAAGAUAAUUAUCCAUCUGAAAAAAGAGGACACACGAUUCUCAAUCAAAUCUGUUGUAGAAGAUGUUGUCAAGAAAUAUAGCAAUUUCGUCGGAUUCCCAAUAUUCCUAAACGGCUCAAGAAUGAAUGCUGUUCAGGCACUAUGGCUGUCUGAAGAAAGGAAUAUUUCAAAUGAAGAUCACGAGAAAUUCUAUCAAUUUAUCACCAAUACCUCGGAUACCCCAAGGUAUCACAUCGUGUACAAAACUGAUGCUCCCUUGAAUAUUAGAUCGCUGUUCUAUGUACCUACAACAUCGCCAGAACUUUUCGGAUUCGGCAAAAUGGAAAAUAACGUUAGUUUGUACUCAAGGAAAGUGCUUAUUCAAGCUAAAGCUGAAAAUCUACUUCCUGGAUGGCUUCGGUUUAUGAAGGGCGUCGUUGACAGUGAAGAUAUUCCAUUGAAUCUAAGCAGAGAAUUGUUGCAAGAUAGCGCACUUAUAAAGAAACUAGCCUCGGUUGUCAGCUCUAAGCUAACCAGAUUCUUUCAGGAUCAAAUGAAGAAGGACUAUGUCAAGUAUGAGAAAUUCUUUAAGGAUUAUGGAAUCUUCAUAAGGGAAGGCGUGGUGUCUUCAGAAAAUCAACAGGAAAGAGAGGAAAUUGCUAAGCUACUCAGAUUUGAGUCUUCUAAAGAAAAGCCAGGCUUUCAAAAGACUUUAACACAGUAUGUGAAGGACAUGAAGCCGGACCAGAAAGGCAUAUUCUAUCUUUGCAUUCCAAGUCGAGAACUUGCAGAAUCGUCGCCAUAUUUUGAGGCUUUAAAAAGCGAUGAUGUGGAGGUGCUUUUCACUUACAACGAGCAUGACGACGUCGUUCUUCAUCAGCUGAAAGAAUUUAACAAGAAGCCUUUGACGUCAGCUGAAAAUUAUCUUACAAAUGCUGGCUCAAGCACAUCAAAAGAAAAUGAAGCAGUUCAAGAUGAACAGCGUCUCUCGGAGAAAGAAAGCAAAGAACUUGUGAAAUGGCUGGAAAGUACAUUGGGUAAAGAGAAAGUAUUCAAUGUCAAAGUAUCUGAGAGGCUAGCCUCCCAUCCGGCAAUGAUCACCGUGCCUGACAUGGCCGCUGCAAGGCGAUGGCUGAAGUUUAUAAAAACUGGUCCAAAUGCCGACUUGCAAAAGAUCAGAUACGACGUGUUACAAGCAACACUAGAAAUCAAUCCAAGCCACGAGAUUAUAAAAUCGAUGGACGCCUUGAAAACUAAAGAUCCAACUGUUGCAUCACUUCUGGCAAACCAGGUAUUCGACAAUGCACUGAUCGUGGCUGGCCUGUUGGAUGAUCCAAGAGAGAUGGUCGGUAGACUUAAUACAUUGCUAAGCAAAACGCUUGAGAAAUUGAACGAUGGUGAAAAGCAAGACAGUGCCAGCUAAAUGUGACAGUGACGUAAUUAGAAAAUACAAUGUUGCUUAUUAUGAAUUGCAAAUGCAGACUUUUUUA